UGAUUAACAGUGGCCGGUGAGGUCAUUUUCCAUAAUUGCUUUAGUUUAUUCUAAGGGGAAAAAAAAGAAUUUGCAGAAAAGAUUCUUUUUUUUUCCCAUUGAAGAAUGAUCAAUAUCUCCAUUAUUUUUGGUGAUCAACAGACAAAAUUAAAAAAAAAAAAGAAGCUUUAGUUCUUGAAUAAUUAUCAUUGAACAAUAUGCUUCCUUUACACCAAAGCGAUGACCUGGUGUACCAGAUUUUCUCCCAUACCAAACAACACAAAAUCCCACAAGAUCCAAUCACUGGUCACACCGUAGUGGUGGAAUCCAACCCUAUAAUAUCAAACCCCACGGUGAAAAACCGCGGCCGGAAAAUCUGUCAUAUGGAGGGCGGCGCCGGUAGUGAUAAAUACAAGAAACAAAAGCUACAUAGAGAGAUUGAACGGCAAAGGAGACAAGAUAUGGCUUCCCUUUAUGCUUCACUUCGAUCCCUUCUCCCUGGUGAAUACAUCAAGGGAAAGCGGUCGAUGUCGGAUCACAUGAACGAAGCAGUGAAUUAUAUAAAACAUUUGGAGAAGAAAGUCAAGGACCUUGAUGCUAAAAGACAUGAACUGAAGAGAGUGUCUGACUUAGCAAGUGUUGGUUCAAGAACCAAACCAGCUGCUGCUUCAAUUUCAAAUCAUUGUUUCAUAAUCCGACCAUGUUUGAUAGGUAUUGAGAUCAUGUUCCGUUGUGGCGUUGAAGACCAAGAUUUGUCUUUAUCAAGAGUGUUGGCUGUUCUUGUUGAUGAAGGACUUCAUGUUGUUAGUUGUUUUUCUACCAAAUCAGAAGAAUUUUUGUUUCAUACCAUCCAAACCGAGGUUAAUGAUCCGACAAGUGUGAACAUAUCAAGGCUGCAACAGAAAUUACCUCAAUCUAGUGAAGUAACUAAAAAUUAACCAUUUAUGUAUCAUUUAGGUUUCGUAGGAAUUUGAUCUUUUCACCAUUGGCUUAUAUAUAUAUUGACUUACUGCAGUGUUGGAGUUUUAAUGAACAUCAAUGGAAGGAGAAAUUGUUUUUAUUUGGAAAAAAUGUGUAUAAUAAAUUUUUUUUCUAA